AUGACGCACUUCCUUACAUUAAGCAUCGCAGCGGUGACUUUCUUUUUCGCACCGCUCUUUCACCCAGUCUCCGGCGAUGCGAAACUUGGCCCGGACGAAAUCAAGUACAAUCCCGUCGUGACGGCAUUCGACGUGGACGUGUACAAGCAUACGCGUGAUGCCACGAAAGACAACGGCAACAUCGUCGUCAACGCCCUGCAGCUCAACGCCGCGCUAAUGAUGGCCUGCAAUGCCGCCAAUGGUGCCACCGAGAAGGAGAUCAAAGCCCUCUUCAAGCUGACCGACAACGCCUCAUGCCUCGAUCUGUUCGGGGUUAUUUUCAAGAUGUAUACCGCCGCGCCGCAUCGGGAAUUCGAAUCCGGGCCUAUGGUGAACCUACUGAAUGAGAAAUACUUCACGGCGAACCGCGCGUACGUUGACAAGACGGUCCUGUUAAACGACAAGUUCAUGCAGGGCAUUGGCAGUAAGUUCAACAUGACACCGGUGGUCGCCGACUUCGCCGGGAACCCGGAAGCCGCUCGCCAGGCCAUCAACACCUGGGUGAACAAAAUCACGGAGGGCAAUAUCAAAGAGUUUUUGCCGGCGGGAAGCGUGACAGGGUCCGAGCGGUUGAUCAUUCUCAACGGGGACUUCCUCCGCUUGCAGUGGGCGUCCACGUUCGAUCCUACCAAAACGGAGAAGUCUACGUUCGUUAGCGCGGAUGGGUCGAAAUCGCAGACGCCGUAUAUGAGCCUGAACGCUAAUGUCGGCUUCAAGAGCUUCGAUGCCGCCAGGAAUAUCCCGGCGUUCACGGCAGUGAAGCUGCACAGCAAGUACUCCACGUAUUCCCUGUCCCUUCUCAUGCCCGACAACCCCAAGGAUUUCGCGGCACUGGAGAACGCCCUGACGCCGGAGUUUAUCGACAGUGUCGUGGGUGCGAAUAUGCCUCGUCAGACGGUUAGCAUAAAAAUACCAAAAUUCGACCUGGAUGUCACAACCGAUUACAAGAAUGUUUUGGAGAGUAUGGGUGUAAAACAGCUGUUCAGUAAAACGGCCGAUCUAUCCCGCAUGACGACAGCGACGGUCAGUGUGGACGCAUGGACCCAUCACGCCAUGAUCGAGGCCAAUGAAUUUGGGUUGAAAGCACUGUCCACGAGUGCCAGUGCCAUCGGGAAACUCGUACUCGCAAGGGGUGCGUUACCUCAGUCAUUUGAUCACCCGUUCCUUUUUAUUGUCCAAAUUGAACAGACUGGAUACAUCACACAUAUUGGAAGAGUCACUAAAUUGUAA